AUGCGAGGGUUUGGCAGCGAAGGUCACAGGGCUUGAAACUUGCCGCAGCCAGUUCAAAUCCCGGUUUAGCCCGGUUUUCUAGAUUUCUGCCUGCUCGGGAUCUGUUUCUAUUUUUUUCGAGAUCGAUCUGGAAACCCAGAACAAAGUCGAUGCUGUGCGCCGCAGUCGAUCAGAUAUCCAUACAGCCGCCUCAUAUUGAAUAUCGGAAACUUCGACUCAACAUCCUCCAACCUUCCAGAAAACUCCGCCAGUCAACCAACGUCAAAGAAAUCUUCCACUCAUCAGUUCAUCAACCUUCAACCGCUGACUGAAUUCACAACAUGUCUAUCUCACUUCGAUCGAUCUCGUCCCUAAAACCAACGCUCGAUCGGAUUCUGGUCCAACGGGUCAAGGCGGAAACGAAGACGGCAUCGGGGAUUUUCUUACCCUCAUCCGUCACGGAGAAGCAGGUCCCCGAAGCCACCGUCCUGGCCGUCGGUCCCGGAGGCCGUGAUCGUGACGGGAAACUUAUACCCAUGGAAUUCAAAACUGGUGAUAAGGUUCUCUUGCCCAGCUAUGGCGGCCAAUCAAUCAAAGUUGGAGACGAAGAAUACCACCUAUUCCGAGACGCCGAGAUCUUGGCGAAAUUCUCAUAGACCUGAUUGCAACAAGCCUCAUGCACCCUCCACUCAGUCCUUUUCUUGUUGCUCAGUUUUGUCAGAUACCUUCGCACAUCAGUAAGAUAGUCAAAAAGAGAGAAAAAAAAAAUAGCCAAACCUUGAUAAUUGGUCUUGAGGAAACCCGCCAGUCAACCUGCCUUUCACCUCGUUUGGCGUCCACUCGACUUGCUCAGACAAGUACCUAUCAAUGGGGCAUGCUUUUCUCCCGACUUUUUUUUUGCGACAAACGUCUUAUGUAGGUACUUAAUGGUGCGGGAUAUGAAAUCAAUGGCAGUUUUUUUGAAAAAAAAGAUGCCGUCUGUUACCCCUAUUCCCAUAUGCAGCAAAAGAUCAGCCAAUGUAUCUUGCUAUCCUUGAAUAACUAUUUGAGUUGGAAGUGAAGAUUCAACACUGUGCAGUAAUAGAGGCAAAUGAGGAAACAAUUAUCUGGUCUGAACCCACAUGUUCUUUUGUUUAACCAGGGUGAUGGAGACGGAUGAUUG